AUGCCAGCAGAUCGAGCAAUGCCGCCUCGUAAUCAAAGAAAUUCUAAUAAAGCUACCAAUGCUCGUAAUCAAGGUGAUGCUCAAUCUUUUCCACCUAAUCAACAACUUUCAAAUAAUGAUUCACCUAAGCAGCGCAAAAAGAGAAACCAAAUUUCCGACCAAUUACAGCAACCUCAACAACAAAGGCAAUCGGUUUUUGAGCGUUUGGGUACUAAAAAUGCUACUGCGCCUUUAUUAAGGCAGGCAAAGAAUAAAAAAGAAAUUAAAGACCAUAUUCCUAUUAAUGAACCUCGUAAAUCUAGACGAAUCUCUGACUCUCGGAAGGCUGAACGUGAUUUAUCUGAGGGUGAGAUCUCACAAGAGGUUGGAAAAUUUAAAGAUCGUCAACAACCUAUUGAGCCAAAGUCAAAAACGGACUCUUCCUUUAAUAAGAAUUCUGUUGAACCUAUAAAGAAUAUUACUAGUAAUUCUAAAAAUACUUUUCGUGAAGAAUCUGAAGAUGCUGCAAAAGAAGAUGUUGUAUCAAUACAAGCAGAUGAUGAUUUUUCUUUGCAUAGUGAUAUUGAUGAUAAUUAUCCUGGUUAUCUUUCUCCUCCUGAUGAUGGUCAAUUACCAAUGGAUCAAGAUUUUAUUGAUAAUCAUGAAAAAAUUUCUUCGGAUUCUAUUCAAGGCCGUGAAAGAAUUCAUAGAAAUCUUGAUCGUAUUAAUAGAGAACAUCACGUACCUCCUCAUAAAGAUGAUCGUAGAAGAAUUGUUUAUGAUAGAGAUUCUCGUGAGAAAUUACGUGAUGAAAGAUAUAAUCGUACAAAUGUUCCUAUGAGAGAUCAUAGAGAUCACAGACCUCAUGAAAUUGAUCGUGAUAGGCGUGAACGGGAACGUCAAGAACGUUAUAAUCAAAGUAUUUUGGAAGAUAAAGUUCAUUUUGAUCAACGUCGGAAUGAUAGGGAUCGUUUUUUACGUGACGAUAGAGGUGUACGUAAUGAACAUGGUAAUAGAACUCCUACCGCUGAUACUUCAUCCAAUAGUACUGUUCGAGGCGAUACUUCCGAAAGGUUAAUUACUAGAAGAGAUGAUCGACCUUCAAACGUUCGUCAAAAAAACGAUGGUCAAAAUGAUUCUACUUUUCAAGACAAUAGAAAUCGAGAUAGAGAUCCUGGUCAAAGAAAUAUUCAACAAAAUGUACAACCUGAACUUGAUAGAACUGAAAAAAGGAAGAAAGAAGAAUCUGAAAUUAUUACUACUGAACGUAAACAAUAUUUGGAUAGGGAACAACGAAAUGAUUCUCUUCAACCAAUUCAACGUCUUCCAGAAUAUCGUUCUAGGGAAAAGGAUAGGGAUGUUCGUCAACGUGAUGAAUUUAUGACAAAAGAUAAUAUGAGGUUAGGAAUAAAUAGGGAUCAAGAACGAGAAUUACCAAAUCAUAGAGAUGAUCGUGCUACUGGUCUUCCUGACCUUUACAGACCAUCAUCAGAUCAUCAUCUUAGAGAUCCUGAUAGGCGUCCAAUACGAGAAUUUGAUAGAAAUUAUAGAGAUUUAAGAGGUGAACCUAUUGGUAUUGAUAGAUAUCGUGGUGAUUAUAGUCGAGAUAAUAAUCAAGGUCGCGAUCGAAUGCUUGAUAAUCAUCCUCGAGAAAUUGAACGACGUUUAUCGUGGGAUUUGGAUAACCGUGGUGGUACAAGUAAUUUUUCUGAUAAAGAUCAGAUAGAUCAUCGAAGAGAAAGAGAUCGAGAAAGAGCCCGUGAAGUUGGGCAUAAAAGCAGAAGUACUUCUGCUGAAUUAAAAGUUGAUUCACAUAAACAUUUAUAUGACUUUCAUCAACGUGAACCUGAACGGCGGAUAGCUCGUGAUGUUGAAAAUGAUCAAAUGGUUCGCGUUAAUAGGAAUGAAUCCGUUCGUCGAGCUGAAAUUGAUAGGCAUUUACAUUUUAACAAUAAUAAACAUCAUGAUUCAAGUCAUGAUUUUUCGUUGGAUGCUCUUCAACGUGAAGAUCAAGAUAUAGAUUUACAAUCUAAAGAUCAGAUUAUGGAUGAUGAGAUAUUACCUGAACCAUGGCAAAAAUGUAUGUCAAGAAAAAAUAAAGUUUAUUAUUUUAAUCCAUCAACGCGGGAGAGUCGUUGGACAUUUCCAACCGAAGAAUUUGGUAAAAGACCUUCGAAUGAAUCCGAAAGUAGCCGCCAGAUAUCACCUAGUGGUAUGUCUUCGUUAAAUUAUUCCACACAACAUAGAUUAAGAAGAUCUUCUAAUGAAGACGACCGAAAUAUAUAUAAUGGUGAUGAAGAUCUAAUGGAAGCAUCAAUGGAAAUUGAUGAAUUUAGAAUGAAUAAUAGGAAUUUGCGAGAAUUUAAUAAUAAAACUGGUGAAAGAGCAGAUUUAGAAAAUGGUGUUCCUCAAACUGAAACACGCACGCCAAAUGAUGCUACAAUUGAAACUGAACCAGGUGCUAAUUUUAUUGCAUCAGAUGAAGAAGCUUGGCGUACAGAAGAUGAUAUGGUUGAUGAUGUACUUGCUGAUACUGAGCCAGAAUCACUUUUCCUAUUUCGAC